CUUGGCCAGUCAACAUGGAAUCCAGAACAGUGAAAGCGAUCCGAAUCCAAAAAUACAACGAGCCAUACCAUGUGUCCGAGGUGCCUGUCCCUCACCUAGAGCCACAUCAAGUCUUAGUACGCAUCAAGGCUGCUGGCUUCUGUCAUACCGAUUUGAUGGCUCUAAACGGCGAAUUUGGAACUCGGUUACCGUUUAUUGGUUCGCAUGAGCCGGCGGGGAGAAUUGAGCAAGUUGGCUCCCAGGUCACAGGUUUCCAGAAAGGCGACCGUGUCGGCUGCAUCAAUUUUGACAGUGUCUGUGUGAAAAUACCAGAUGCUAUGGAAUUCAAAGUGGCAGCACCUCUAAUGUGCGCCGGUAUUAGCAUCUACGGUGGCAUUGUUCGGGCCAAUGUGCCCCAAGGCGGCUCUAUUGGCAUUGUCGGGAUUGGAGGUCUAGGUCAUAUUGGUACCCAGGUUGCCAAGUGCAUGCGGCAAUUGAUGCUGGAUGCAGUGGCAUCCUACGAGCACAAGCCUGACGUAUCCAUUCUGGCCACAGAUCCAGUAGACAUUUCCCAAGAGAAGAUUAACAAGGCUAUAGCUGGCGACUAUCCAGGCCUUGAUGCGACCGUCCUAGCCACGGAUCAUCCAUCGGCCUUCAAAUUAGCGGCUGCCCUUACGCGGAAGCACGGUACAAUGGUUCUGCUUGGUCAGCCCGAAAAGGGGAUAACCAUGUCGUACCACACGGUCAUCUACAAGGAUAUCACGUUGAUAAGCUCCUUGAUUGCUGACACAGCUGAUGCGCAGGCGUUCAUUCAGUUGUUCCACGAGAACAAGCUGCACGUGGAAGUCAAGGAGUGGAAGCUGGAGCAGGCAGAGCAGAUGAGGCAGGAGUACUUGACCGGAAAGUCGAAUGGCAAGAAUGUCAUUGUUAUCCACUGA